CUUGCUACUGUAUAUUGCUUGUGUACUUGCUCUCUUGUAACUAAAUUUAUAGGAAGUGUAGACCUGUUAUUCUUUAAAUUAAGGUAGGACAUAUUGCUAAUGAUCGGGCAGGGAGAGAAAUAAGACAACCAUACAGCUACUACUGUGCCCAAGAAUUACCUGGUGACCAGUACUUAAGCCUUGCAGGUAUUUAGUAAUGUAUGUACUAUUCAUUCGCCUGGUGGUUAUACACUAGUUACUAUUUACCUGGUAGAUAGUUACAGAACGCCUGAGUAGAUACUAAUGAGGAUGUUCCAGUGUAGUUGACAGAAAAUGUAGUUGUGCCAUGGUAGUCACAAAAUUCACAGGGCAGGUACAUUAAGUUCAUUGGAGGUAGAAAUAUCCAUCUUACCCUGUUUAAUAGAACUGAGGAAAAAUGUGGAGCAGUUCCUCUAGUUGGGCUGAGGUGGUUGUAGUGAGUGUUGCCAUUUUGCAAUAUACUUUAGCUACACGUACAACAAUCACACCUAACUACAUCUCCAUUGAGGUAGGAGCGGAAAGCAUUGCUUUCACAUGUGUUUCAUACCUGGAACCUAUUGAUGCCAUACAAAGCCACUGGAUGGAAUGGAAAAAGAACACGGCAACGAUUGUCCAAAAUGAUACAGUGUUAGUUGACGAAGCAAAGUACAGUGUGGUUGGGUCAUCAACAAUUUCAGCAAUUACAAUUACACAGAAUCUAACUGUUCACAAUAUUGAAUUGUCAGACAGCGGUAAUUAUUCAUGCAAUCUUGAAUCAACGUCUCAAUUCUUUGUAAAAUCGUCAUCAAGUGCUGGGCUCUCUGUUAGUGCUCUUAAACAAACAACGGACGUGACGAAACUCACAAAUGAAAUGGACAACAAAAAAACAAUAUUAACACCUAACUAUAUCUCCAUUGAGGAAGGAGCUGAGAGCAUUACUUUCACAUGUGUUUCAUACCUGGAACCUAUUGAUGCCAUACAAAUCCACUGGAUGGAAUGGAAAAUGAACACUGUAACAAUUGUUCAGAACGACAUAGUGUUGGUUGAUGAAGCAAAGUACAGCGUGGCUGGGUCAUCAAAUAUUUCAGCAAUUACUAUUAUACAAAAUCUAACUGUUCAUAAUAUUCAAGUGUCAGACAGCGGUAUUUAUUCAUGCAAUCUUGAAUCCACUUCUCAAUUCUUUUCAAAAUCGUCAUCAAGUGCUGAGCUCUCUGUUAGUACUCUUAAACAAACGACGGACGCGAUGGAACUCGUAAAUGAGAAGGACAACAAAAAAACAAUCAUAUACUUUACAGCAGGGGGCAUAAUUCUUGUACUCACUUUCUUAGGAUGUAUAGUGAUCGCGUAUAAAAUACGGUCAAACGACUCAGCAACUGAUAACAACAAUAUCUGUAGCGAUGAUAUGGUGAACGAAAGACGGAUUUCUUUUUACAGCAAUAUUGAUACCAAUGUAACAGGAAUGAAUACAAAUGCUGUAACCGAGAUGACAGAAAAAACAGAACCGACUUAUCAAAAAUAUUUAAAUAUUGGUCUUAAUGACGACUCCAGUAACAUGGUAAACACUUUAUGAAACUAAAAAUGCUGGAAUGGUGAUAAUAUAAAGAUGUAUUUUAAAAAGAGAAAAUGUAGUUUCUAUUGCAUAAAAUAUUUAUUUAUUUAUAGAAUCUUAUUUUUAACUUUGUUAUCAUUGCUUUCCAAUGGCGAUAGUAUUAAACUAUAACAAAAGAAUGCAAAAGGAAUAAAAAAUAAUAAUGUUUAUGAACAAUUCCUGACAAAUACCAGAGAAAUUAAACAUAAAACCUGGAACUCACUGCAUUUUACGACGGUCGACAAAACUGUUGUAUGGCAAAAUCAAACUGCUCCCUGUAAGUGCUAACCGAUGCCGUCUGCUGGUAUUCUAUGGCAGUCUAACUGAUCGUAAUUAAAAACGAUGUGGCGUUGCGUUCUCUAGAAUCGCAUCGACCGGCGAUCGUUGAACGCAUUGAGUGCCCAACUCAACUCACAAAAUCUAACAUGUUCAUUAUUAUGCAAUAACACAAAUGUUAAAUGGCGCCACCAAGUUAAUUAAACUUUAUUGUGGAAGGUACUACAGAAAUACAAUGUAAUUACCAACAAACAAAUAAAUAGAGGGGAGUUAAACACAGUUCACCCUCCAAAUUGAGACCAUCUUUGUGACCUGAAUAUUUGGAGUGGUCUCUGGGUUUGGUCUCCAAAUAGAGGAUUAGCUUUGUAUAAUAAAAUAUUGAUGAUUAUUAUUUGGUUCUUAGAAAAAGUGGUCUCGAAUUAGAUGGGUCUUAUUUUGGAAUUAGAUGGGUCUUGGAAUUAGAGAGUGCACUCUAGAUUGGUGGUUAAGGUGCUUGCCUUCCAAUCCCAGGGUUGUGGGUUCAAUUCCUGUAACAGCAGGUCUACAGACUCAUUAUGGGCCCUGUGGGAGAACACAGUCCACAUAUCAAGCGCCCUGAGCAUCUUAUGUUAGAUGGAUAUGGCUUUACAUAAAACUUCACUAUUAUUAUUAUUAACAGUGGAAAUCUACUGAACUGGGGCAGACUGCUAUAAAGCGGUCUUAACUGGCAGUCUUAACUCCUCGAAUAAAGCCGGCUUUAUCACUUAGACGGUCUUACUGUCACUCUGCUAAGACCAUUGCUAUAAAACAGUCUUCGCUUAGACCGCUUUGAGUAUUGAAACGCAAACAAGCACUUCCUGGUAACAUGAAAUUGAGGGCGCUUGCUCAAAACAUGUAUAUUUAUCAAAAUGAAGGUAAAUAAACGUAAAACCGGAUUUUACAGAUGCUGAGAAGCUUGCGGAAUAUUCGUCGUUCGAUUCUUAGUCUAGUACCUGAAACGCCAUGAUGUAAUUGAUAUAAGACCGUUUUAAGCCUUCUAAGUGGUUAGACUGUGGUAUAGCAAUGGUUUAUAAUCAUAGACAAGUAGUGACGUCACAAGUAAAGCCAGCUAAGCGUAAGACUGUCUAAAGACCGCUUAUAGCAAUCUGCCCCAGGAUACCCAGUAUAAAGAAGAAAGAUUGAAUGUAUUAAAUAAAUUCCAAUCAAAUCAAACACUGAAAUUCCAUUAAACAUUUGUUUACGCUUGAAUGUCAUGAAUAUAAUUUUCUGGUAAUCUUUACAAUAAAAUUUUGUGCUUCAUCUGAAUUCUUUUCACAUUUUUGUUGGGGUCAACCAUAGGUAAUGGGGAAAUUGCUGUAAUAUGUCAAAAUACUGAUUGACCUCAGCCCCACCAUAGUCGGGGUUAUAAGAUCACCUUUGUUUACAGGCGACACUUCUAGACGGCUACAAAUUAUUCUCCCAGAAUGUUUUUCAUGUUGAAAAAGUCUGGUUUCUGGGUUACGUUGGCGUAAAAUACACCAAAGGUAACCAAAGUUCAAAGACCUAUUUUCCUUGGGGCCCUUCUGGCGGUGACUACUAUAGGCAGUACCAUGAAGAGCAUCCCCUACGUUGCAUAUUACUUAAUAAUUGUAAAGAAAUUAAGCUGAUGUGAUUAUAUGAAAAUGGAAUAAAUCACAGACAGAAGCUAAAAGGUUUACGGCAGUAGAUUUCUUUGUAUAGAACAUACAGGAUUUUAAAUUGAAGAAAAAGUAAGCUGCCUUAUUCUUUUUGUUAUAGGACAAUUGUUACUUGAACUUUGUACCAUUGCGUAUACUGACACCAUAGAUAUCAGAUCUCUGCUACUUCUUUUGUGUUGUGGGUAACUACCAUGACAGAGCUCUAAGCAACACUUUAAGUAUUACAAUAAAGUGGAAUGUUUGUAAUAAAGGGUAAAAAUAUUUAAAAUUCUG